CUUCAAAGAUCUUUGAUCAAGCAAUUUAGACAAACAAACCAAAAACAAUAAUGGUGGUUGUCGACUGUCGACCCAGAAAAUAGGGUCCCAAACAAUUAAAAAUGUAGUCCUAGCCUGAUAGCAGCAAUUUAAUGUGUGCAGCGAUAAUCGAAUAUUCGAGUGUUAAAAAAGUGGAUUUUCAUUAAAUCUAAACUGUUGUCAAUCGCACACAGUUGAAAAGGGACUGUUUUCUAAUGUGAUGAGUAAAGGUGAUUUAUGAAAUGGUUUUGAACAUUAAGGUUAUGUCGGAAGAACCAAAACAGCGUAAUUGUGUUCCCUUAUAGGGGAUUUUCAUAGUGUAAUAUUGACUAAUACUAGAAUUUAGUUUAAAAUCACAAAAUCUGUUUUAGUGGACAUUGUGUUAUUAAUUGUAGGCACCUGUUUAGUCAUAGAUGUUAACGCUGAACUACUUCAAGGUCAUAGUAGUUUUUAUUUUAUUUAAAUGUAAUUUUUUGAAAAUUUUGCUUGGUAAAUUCUAUAACAAUUACGUUUUGGAAAGGUAAGAUUCGUUUCUUAUUGUUAUUUUCUAUGCCUACUACUGACUUAAGUUUGUGCUACACAAUUUAAAAUUGGAGUUAAGAUUUUCAAUUUGUAAGAGGAAAUCUGUCCACACACUUCAGUAACAGGUAGGCCUAAGGCAGUAACCAGUGAUGGUCUAUCAACUUUUCUAGAUCUUAGAAGAAUACUGCUUGUAUAAAUACAACAUGGGAUCAAACGCAUCAAAAAUCAUGAAAAAGUUUCCUUUCAUCAGUUCUUCAUCCAACCCUGGAGGGUUAAUUGAUUGUGACUCACAGCAUCAUGGUUUGGAGUCAUCAAAAAUUAUCGCAGGACCUAUGGUGUUGUCCAGGCAAGGAUCUAUGUUUUUUGAUGAGGAUGGAGACUUAGCUCAUGAAUUUUAUGAAGAAGUUAGACCAAACAAAAAAGGGUCAAAGGCGAAAAUGAAAAGGAUACAAACAAAUUUGGUUCCCCAGGGAGAAGUACCCUACCAGUGCCCUAGGCUCCAUUCUGACUACCCGGUUAUCCUUCAUCAAGUUUAAAUUUAUUACUUUAAGUAUCGUUUUAUUUUAUUACUAAUUUUUUCCAGUUCAUUCUUUAAUGUGUGUAAAGUAAUUAAUGCAAAAUUGAAUAAUUAAAUUUAUAUGUUAAAAAUGGUAUAACAUACAUGAUUAGUGCAUAUUAAUAUUGAGUAAAGAUAGUCUCAUUAAACUAUUGGUUUAAAAAUAUGAAGAAGCAAUACGUCACAUAUGUUCAAGAAUUUCAUACAGUACAACCAAGAGAGGUUGAUGAUUCUAAAUUUGAAAGUUAAAGUGGUUCGCUUCAAACUGACAAUAGCAUCACCGGUUACAUUUCUCUUUAUUUUAUUUCUUUUCUUUAUAGUAGAUUUCUGUAAAUCAAAAUAAUAAUAAAUUAACUCUCUUUUACUGUUAUAUUUAUAACAAAUAAAUUCAAUGUUAUUUGUAACUUACAUGUUUUUUUUUUAACUGUAUUCACAGAUUAUCAUUAUUGUUUGGAUUAUUGUUCAUCCAUAUCACCUCUGGUCCAAAUUUAUCUGUAUAAAUGAGGUUGUACUGUGACAGUUCUUUAGUUUUCUUACUUUUAGAGAACUUUUUGGUCAACAUUUUAGAGUGUGAGUUGGUAUCAGCAAACUGCCAUUAUUUUUCAUUGAAUACACCACCCCCCUUUACUUUAUAAAAUUGGAUCCAGUAAUUGCAGUAAAAUAUUGGAAAAUGUUGUUUUCUACCUUUCCUCUAAUACAUUAUACUAUGAAUCACAUUCUAAAUUUAUAGUUGUAAUUUGCUUGCACAUCCUUACAUAAUUAAAUAUCGAUAAAGCUUUAAGAAGAUUAUUUUAAAGAAUGUGUUGUGGAUAAGCCCUUGCAUAAUAGUUUCAAAUAUUUAAAUCUGUAAUGUAGUAGCCUAGUCAUAACAGUACAAUAUAUCAAGGUUUAAACAGAAAUAAAUCAAUGAAUUAGUGAUAGUUGACUCCAGAGAGCCCUGUAAAAAGUUGAGCUGUGUCAAUUUUAUUUUAGUAUGAAAUGUAAGUUAUAUGCGUCAUACUGGUAGUGUUAGUUUUGGAAAUCACAGUGAAAAUACUGCAAGUUACACUACUACGUGGUUGUUAAACAUAACCUUAAAGAGUUGAGAUAGUCAUAAAUACCAAAUAGAAUUUUUUUGUUUCCUAUAACAGUUUUAGAUAUGUACGGCAUGCACUUUUAUAGAGAUGAGUAUAUAAUUAAGGAAGAGACAUCUCAAAGGUCAAUAAAAGUUGCUAUUCAGACAUUUUCCCCACUAGAUAUUCUAAUUGUGUCUAGGAAAAAUCAAUUAUCAGGGUGGCCACCCAACAAGAAAUAAGUCGGGAAUCUUCCUGAAAAACCACGAAAAUCUCAAAAACAAGUUUUCUGUCUCUAAGAAUUUAUGAAAAUCAAGAAGUAGUUUGACAUCAUCUUGAAUUAGGACUUGAUUAAUAUUGAAACGUAUUUUAUGCGAUAUAGCUAGUGAAACUGUAAAUGAAGAUCGACAUAUGUUCUCAAGCCCUAUCUCAUGCUGGUUGAUUCAAGGUUGCCUCCACAAGUGUGGAGUUAAUCUUGGUUUGUCGCGAAAAGCCCCCUGAACACAUAACAAUAUAUUGGACAAUUAAAGUCGGCCGACUGAUUGAUCAUCUCAGGCCUCGGCCACUAUAUGAGCGAUGAUAGAGUGUUUUUGUCCUUAAGUUUUAUUUUGUCACCGAAAUCGGGUCUUCCGACGAAGUUGUGGACCUCUUACUCUUGAGUGAAAAUAGCUUUUUGAAAAUAUAUGUCAGAUAGAUUCCAUAGGUCUAAAUUAUACAGUGUACACCCUACAAAAGAUGCAACACGGUUUUUUGAGUACACCAGAAAAUUUGUAUGAUUUUUACCAGACCUGAUAAGACAUUUUGGAGAUGAAAAUGGUGAAUUUGCGACAACAAGUAAAGCUGAGAAUGGGGCGUUUGGGUCCGACAUGAUGCACAGCAAUGACAGAAUCAGCUGAGGACUGAGCGGCUGGAUAAAAAAUUAAUGUUUGAAAUUGGCAGCAGAUUAGCAGCACCAUGUGGAUCUGCCGCUCAUGUCUGUCAUGGGCAAAGUUAAAUGUUCUUAAUGUUUGAAAUUGGCAGCAGAUUAGCAGCACCAUGUGGAUCUGCCGCUCAUGUCUGUCAUGGGCAAAGUUAAAUGUUCUUAUGUACAAUAUAAACAUUAAACUUUAAGUUGCCGAUCUCAGCCUAAGCCUUCGUUUGGUUUAUGAAUGAUUGCACCUCACACACAAGUUACAUUUGGGUGUCAGAUUGCAUUGGUUAAAACAAAGAAAGGGAUGUUAUGUUUUGAUAUCAUCAUCACAUAUCCCAAACCUCGUCUGAACUAUCUGUGUUUACACUGGCAAAUAGUUGUGCAAGUUUUGCGUCUGACAGUAAAAAUCGCUAGUCUAAACGGGCAGAGGAGAUCACGUAAGCGCUGCCGCAUCCAGCGUCGAACAGUUGUUUGCAAAAACUGGAGAGCAGUGUCGGCCAUUAAAAUUUCAAUUUUUAAAAUUAAAUACAAUAUUAUAGUUGUUUAUUUGGUUUGAAAGUGAAUUACAGAAUCGGGAAAAAAAACUGAAAAUUUGAAAAGAGCUUUUGCGUGGCCACCCUAACAAUUGCAAGAAAUAAUUCCUAGUCAUCGCCUUGUUCUUUCUCAAAACAUCUUUGAGUUACCAUUCAUUGAUAAACAUAAAAAAUUAAAGCUUAUUGGUAAAUUGUUGUAGUACUUUCUAAUAAUAUUUUCCAAUUUUACUUGUUUGUCAUGGAGUCUCCCAUUUUAUUGCAUGGUAAAGCAUUACUACAAAGAACAGGGAAAUGAUCCUAAUCUUCUAUUACAAAUCCACAGGUCAAAUAAAGUGCAAGAGAAUAAGUGAGAUUAGCUAAAUGAUGCCUUAAAAACAUUUGUAAAUCAAUCCCAGAAACCUACAAUUCAACACAAGACAAUAUGUAAUGUUUAUAGAACUUAACCAAACUGGAAUAAAUUUAAAAAUUGUUAUUUUAUUGAAACAUUUAUUGUUUUAACUACUAUAAAAGUGUGUUGUUCUGGUUUGUUUUAACUGUUGUUUGCUUUUUUAAAUAAGAUAAUAAUUCAUAAUAGCUUUAUUUUUACUCUGUUUUUUUUUUUUUUUUUUUUUUAGUUAAAUCCAAUAUGUGAGCACAUUAACUUAAAAUUGUACACAUACAUCUAUGCUUCUAUUGGUUAUGUCCAAUAUUGUAAAUAUCGAAGUAGGCUGUGUUUUGCGUAAAUAUUGUAUAGUGUAUAUGCAUAUAAAAAGUGUUAUCCUGUAUAUAAGAAGUUUUGUGUAAUAACAAAUUACUAAUUUGUAAAUACUUAAUUGUAUGGAAUGUAACCUGUGAAACUUUUACCGUUAUUUAGUCUAUAAUACAACAAAUGGGGCAAUUGCUUUUCAUAAAAACUCCAUGUGUAUACAUUUGAAACAAAUGGAGCUGCAUGGUAUGUUUUCAGUGUAAUUAAUUGUAUGCUAAGGCACUCAUUCAAUUCAUGUAGAUCAUGUAAUAAAAGUUAUUUAUGUCAUUUAGAUAGUUUUAUUUGUUUUGUUUUUAGUUGUUUCUAUAAAAGUGAUAUAUGUAUUGUGUUAAUAAAAAUGGAACAAUAAACCUGUAAACCUGA